AUGGCGGUGCAGAUUGGACAACGGCCCGAUGUGUGGUUCCAUUUUGUAGCGCGGACCGUUCCCGUCAGAGUGGAAGGCUUGUCGAUGCUUGUGUCCGACUCUGAGUGCUAUCUGGUCAGGAGGAUGGGAAUCACAGACGCUGCUCUCGAGUCCGCCUUUUCGACAAGUUUAGCACACGAUUCACCGAUCUACCUCUGGGCAGCCAAUACACCCUAUGUUGCUGCCUACCUUUUGCACCAACUGGCUGUAUGUCUCAAGGACAGGAAGAGGCAACCCGACGUCAUACAACAACGGGUAGGGCUGAUGUACCCCACAGUUGCGUCUCUUGUUAUCUUUGAGUUCCAGUUCCGCGGUACGUACAUUGACAUCUACAGGCGUGCGCGUAUUGGCUGUCCCGAAGCAACCACCAGUAUCAAUGACCACAUUGGGACACCGCUUCCCUUGUUCCCGCUGACAACAGCGCAAAUCUCAUUUUUAGAGCCUCAAGCUCCCCUGUUCCCCAGUCCCGUCAGCAAAGCGGAAAAAAGGUACUUGUUUGUCAGCUCUAAAUACAGCUCUCCCCCGCGGAAAUCCCCCGCAAACCACUAAUCGCACAAAAAAAGAUAGUACAAAGUGUUUAGGAAAAUGGUCGCGCGCUAUCUUUAGCAGAAGGUAAGCGGGUGGUGACUAAGUCUGUUGCCUCCCCUUGCAUACAUAUGUAGUGUCC